CAUUGCCAUGUGCUCUGUGAACAUGGAAUGCCAUGCUUCCCCGCCACACACCUCCUUAGGUAGGCACUGACGCAAUUGAAUCUGUAUUUGGUCCGUAUGUUCCUCGUAGUCAACCCCUCAUCAGACUACUCCUAGGUUUCGUCACAGACCAUACACGGGAUUAUCCCCUGGCCAGCGCAAGCAAGUAAACACCAAAUCGAAUAAGUCAAGCAACAUCUCAGCCUCAUUAUGGCGACAGCAGAGACAGUCAACCUCAGCGACCCGCACGAACCCGACGAGGAAUCCCUUCGCGUCUACCACCAGAUCGAGCACGAGCUCAAAAGGUCCCUGGUGCGUCUCCGCCGGAGCUACCAGAAGCACGAACGCGAGUACUUCGCCGCGGCCGAGCACCUCGACGACGCGCACCUGACAGGCUUCGGCGCCGACGACCUGUACCGGGUCCGGACGGGCGCCUCGGCCUACGGGCGGCACGUGUUCGGCAAGGUGCGCAUCCCGGCCCUGCCCGACGAGGGGCGCGCCUACAUCCACUUCCGGGCGUUCACCGCGGGUCCGGAGGACCAGGCGGCGUUGCAUAGUAUUCAUACGGAGGAUGUGAAGGGGUUGGAUGGGGGGCAUACGUUCCGGGCGGUUUUCUUGAGGGAUGAUGAGUUGAAGUGGUUUGAUACUUAGGGGAGGUAGGGGCUGUCUUGGUCAUGGAUAGCCGAAUGGGCG